AUGAAUAAAGCAGCAUUGAUUGCUGCUGGAUCAAGUCUAGCAGCAUCAUGUGUUAUUUACAAUGUGUGGCAGCAGAAACAACAGUUUUACCCCACAGUUGUGCACAUAAGCAAGAGCUCCUCGUGCAUGGCAGUAUUCUACAUCCAAGCAUUUUCAGUUGUAUAUUUAUUUGCCCACAUAUUCAGGAAAAUAUUUUUCGGUUCUCUGAGAGCAGCAGAGACCGAACAUCUGAUUGAGCGCAGCUGGUAUGCUCUCACUGAAACAUGUCUUGCAUUUACUGUAUUCCGGGAUGAUUUGAGUCCAAGUUUCAUAGCUCAGUUUGCUGUCCUGCUGUUCUUGAAAGCAUUUCACUGGCUGCUGGAGGACAGGAUCGAUUACAUGGAACGAAGUCCUGUCAUUGGAUUCUUCUUCCAUCUCAGGGCGCUCACUUUGAUGAGUAUUUUAGCUGUGUGUGAUGCUUUCCUCCUUUCUUAUGCAGCACAUGUUACCCUACAAAAGGGAGCCUCAGUACACCUGGUGUUUGGGUUCGAGUACGCAGUUCUGUUGCUCUUAGUGGCUACUAUCCUUGUCAAGUACAUCUUGCAUCUCAUUGACCUGAGACAUGAGAACCAGUGGCCUAACAAGACCAUCUACCUGCUCUACACUGAGCUGGUAAUUGGAGCUGUCAAGGUUCUAAUGUACGCGAUGUUUGUAACAAUAAUGAUACGAGUCCACACUUUCCCGCUCUUUGUGAUCCGGCCCAUGUACCUGGCACUGCGCCAGUUCCAGAAGACCCUAGUGGAUGUUAUCAAGAGUCGUAAAGCUACCUACAAUAUGAGGGAGAGGUACCCUGACGCUACCCCGGAAGAGAUCAGUAACGGGGACAGCACGUGUAUUAUCUGUAGGGAGGAAAUGACAGCGGCUAAGAAGUUACCGUGUGGUCACAUAUUUCACCUGGAAUGCUUGCGGAGCUGGUUGCUGCGACAGCAGACGUGCCCGACGUGCCGUAUUGAUAUUUUGCAGCAGCAACAACAGCAAGCGAACCAACAAAAUCCCCCUCCCAGAAACAACGCCCCGCCCGCGCCAGGUUUUCAGGGACAUGCGCACCCACCUCCUCCUCCUCCGAUAUUCACCUGGGAGAACAAUAAUAAUAACAACAAUAACGCUAAUAAUAAUAACGCUAACAAUAAUAACGCUAACAAUAAUAACGCUAAUGCUAAUAACAAUAAUGCUGGACCUAGUGGAGCAACUCCCAGGAUCUACUUACCGACCUCCAGCUCACAACCUAGCGGCAGUUUUACUUUAUCAGGUUUCGCAAUGCCGCCUCCUCCACCAUCACUUCACACACUCAGCGAGGAGGAAUUAAAAGCCUUCGAGGGUAGUACCCGCCAAGCUAUCGAGAACAGACUUCUUAUUCUGAGAAACGUUCAGAUGCUGAUGGAGGCGAUCCAGGGGCAGAUGCAGCUUUACAACAGUGUUGCUGGUCCCUUCCCAGCAUCUACCUUCGUCUCCUUCUCUACACCUCCAGGUGCAGCUGCUCAACCCUCAACCACACCAGCAGCCCCACCAGCUACACCAGCAGCCCCACCAGCUACUGAUCCUCCAGCUACACCUUAUAAAGUGGUUAUUGGUGAUAAGGAGGAGGUGUUUGGAUCUAAAGGAGAAUACGAAGAAGAGAUAGACAGACGACGUGACACACUACUCCGCGAGUAUAACCUGAUAGGAGACGAGGAGUACGAGGCUGGGGAGCGAGUAAGAGAACAGCUCCGUGCUGCGCGGCUCGCUGCUCUAGAUACUAAACCUGGUCCUUCUGGGGUUGUGACGUCAUCAGAUAUCAAGGUUACAGAGUCAGUAUCUCAUGAAGAUGUUAACGUGACGUCAUCAGAUGUUAAUGUGACAUCAGCAGAUGUUAACGUGACGUCAUCAGAUGUUAACGUGACGUCAUCAGAUGUUAACGUGACGUCAUCAAAUGAAACGGAGACGUCCGUCUCAUCAGAAAGCCUUGUACACGUGCAACUAGAGGACACUGCCACCACUGCCACCACUGCCACCUCUGCCACAGAUAAUAUGACUGAAGAUAACCCUUUUUCCGCGCUGACGAAGGAAGAGGAUAAGAUAGAGGACGUGAAUCAGGACGGCCUGAGAUUGCGGAAUGUUGGCAGCGAGCCAAGAGAGGAUUAGGGGUAACUGUAGUCAAGGCUGUUAUAAUCACGGACGGGUUGUAGAGACCGUUUAGAGAGGUACCUUUAGUUUGGGUUCACCCAGUUGCCUUGCACUUAGCUUAGAUUUAUCCGGUUAACUGUAUUAAUUAAAUGAUCUUCUAACAGAUUACUCGUCUCCUGAUCUGGGGUAGAAUAUUCUGGUAUUCUGGCUGUAUUUUCUAGCUUUUCUUUCUUUCUGCGCAGUAUGAUAUUUUCUAUUCCUUCUUUCAGACUGGGGUUUGGUUUAAAGUUUCCAGUUUAAUUUGUUGAAUACUGAUUUUUCUCAUUGCAUAUUUUAGAGAAUUUUGUUAUGAAUGAUGUUAAUUGUGCGAUUUUAAACAACAUUUUGAAAUCCCAUUUCA